GUUCUCGCCCUGUCCUCAUAUUGAUCUACUCUGCCGACUCUGCCCCUUGAAACGCCAUUUCCCGGGCCUGGUCACUUGCCUUGCAUCUUCCCUCCCUGCUGCCUGUGCAAGCUCAGCCCACACGCUCUUUCCAGCAUCGAUCCCGUGCAAUCCGACUCCAGCUCGAACCCACCCGAACCCACCCGAACCCGACCGAACUUGACCUGACCCAACCAGCCCACCAAGGCUCUGCGCAACACCGUCUCAACGUCCAUCUGUCCGCUCGCCCAUCCAACCCCGGCUCAUCCGUGCCACCCAGAUUCAAAUGUCGGGCUCUGAAAUCUUUGAGACCUACCAGAAGGAGUAUCUGACCCUCCAAGAGUCCAUCUCGGACAAGGUCAAGAACCUGAUUCCGCAGGCCAAGCCAGACCAGCGCAAGCUUCUCUUCAACCAGGCCACCCGCGAGCUGGAAGAGGCUGAUGAGAUCAUCAGCCAAAUGGAAGUGGAGUUGCAGUCUCUGCCCCCGAACAUUCGGAACCCACUCACUCCGCGGCUCAAGUCCUACAAGAACGAUGUCAAGACGCUGAAGAAGGACCUGCAAAAGACCAACAGCGCCGCCUCGGACCGCGAGCAGCUCUUGGGUGCCGGUGGCUCGCAUGUCAUUGAUUUCGAAGUCACCAGCAUGGACCAGCGAUCAAGGCUCCUCCAGGGCACCGAGCGGCUGCAGGACGGUAGCCGGCGGCUGGAGGAGGCUCGGAGAAUCGCGAUCGAGACAGAAAAUGUCGGUAUCAGCACCCUGGAGACGCUUAACCGCCAGCGCGAGCAGAUCCUGCGCACCCGGGACACCCUCUCAAGCGCAGACACAUGGAUCACCAAGAGCCAGGGUAUCCUGAAGACGAUGCAGCGAAGAUUGGUUACCAACAAGUUCAUGACCGCCGGUAUCAUCGCCAUUCUCGUCGUGAUCAUCGCCGUCAUCAUCUAUCUGAAGUGGGGCUGAGCAUCGGCGGAUCCAGUCUAGCCCCUG